AUGGGAGUUAAGACAUCGAAGCUUUCCAAAGAUGACCUAACAAGUUUAAAACAGUCCACGUAUUUCGAUCGCAGGGAGAUCCAACAAUGGCAUAAGGGGUUCUUGAGAGAUUGCCCCAGUGGUCAACUUACCAGGGAAGACUUCGUCAAAAUAUAUAAACAAUUCUUCCCUUUUGGAUCUCCUGAGGAUUUCGCUAAUCAUCUUUUUACAGUUUUCGAUAAGGAUAACAAUGGAUUCAUACAUUUUGAAGAAUUCAUCACUGUUUUGAGCACGACAUCUAGGGGGACCAUGGAGGAAAAGCUGUGUUGGGCUUUUGAGCUUUAUGACUUGAAUCACGAUGGAUACAUUACCUUCGACGAAAUGUUAACUAUUGUGACGAGUGUUUAUAAAAUGAUGGGGUCCAUGGUCACACUAAAUGAAGACGAAGCUACACCGGAAUCAAGGGUCAAGAAAAUUUUUAAAUUGAUGGAUAAAAACGAGGAUGGAUAUAUUACGCUGGACGAAUUCAGGGAAGGUUCUAAAGUGGAUCCUUCCAUUAUUGGUGCUUUAAACUUGUAUGACGGGUUAAUUUGA